GAGAGGCUGUGUGAGAAGCUGCAGCCGCCGGCAGAGGAGACCUCAGCAUCCUCGCGAGCCCAGCACCGACCCUGCCUCCGCCCGGCCAGCUGCCGCCACCGCCGCCCUUUCGGUUCCUGCUACUGUCUCACCUAAACAACUCCCAUUCAGCGGACAAGCGAAGUUCUAUGACUCUCUUCUCCUCUCCUUCCUCCUCUUCUUCCAACUCCUUCUCCUCCCACUUCCCAACCGCUGUGGAAAGCCCCUAACCCAACAGACGCUGGCAAGGCUGCGAACAAGUGUCAUCUGCACUUUAUCUUGCUGCUCCGGCUGCCCUAAGGCAAAGUUGCAUAGCUCUACAUCUUUCUUUCCCAGCCACCUCCCUCUGCCCCCAAGAGCGUCCCGCCGCCCCGCAGCACUCUCCUGGAGCUGCGCCCUAGUGCCCCUGCUGGGCAGUGGCCUUUCCCCCACCCCAUCCUCCCGCGUCCUGCCCUUGCUGCUCCGGGCAGACGAUGCUGAAGAUGCUCUCCUUUAAGCUGCUACUGCUGGCCGUGGCUCUGGGCUUCUUUGAAGGAGAUGCGAAGUUUGGGGAAAGGAGCGAAGGGAGCGGAGCGAGAAGGAGAAGGUGCCUGAAUGGGAACCCCCCAAAGCGCCUAAAGAGAAGGGACAGGCGGGUGAUGUCCCAGCUGGAGCUGCUCAGUGGAGGAGAGAUUCUGUGUGGUGGCUUCUACCCACGAGUAUCUUGCUGCCUGCAGAGUGACAGCCCUGGAUUGGGGCGUCUGGAGAACAAGAUCUUUUCUGCCACCAACAACUCAGAAUGCAGCAGGCUGCUGGAGGAGAUCCAAUGCGCUCCCUGCUCCCCCCAUUCCCAGAGCCUCUUCUACACACCUGAAAGAGAUGUCCUGGAUGGGGACCUAGCACUUCCGCUUCUCUGCAAGGACUACUGCAAAGAAUUCUUUUAUACUUGCCGAGGCCAUAUUCCAGGGCUUCUUCAAACAACUGCUGAUGAAUUUUGCUUUUACUAUGCAAGAAAAGAUGCUGGGUUAUGCUUUCCAGACUUCCCGAGAAAGCAAGUCAGAGGACCAGCAUCUAACUACUUGGGCCAGAUGGAAGACUACGAGAAAGUGGGGGGAAUCAGCAGAAAACACAAACACAACUGCCUCUGUGUCCAGGAGGUCAUGAGUGGGCUGCGGCAGCCUGUGAGUGCUGUGCACAGCGGGGAUGGCUCCCAUCGGCUCUUCAUUCUAGAGAAGGAAGGCUACGUGAAGAUUCUAACCCCAGAAGGAGAACUGUUCAAGGAGCCUUACUUGGAUAUUCACAAACUUGUUCAAAGUGGAAUAAAGGGAGGAGACGAAAGGGGUCUGCUAAGUCUGGCAUUCCAUCCCAAUUACAAGAAAAAUGGAAAGCUGUAUGUGUCUUAUACCACCAACCAGGAACGGUGGGCCAUUGGGCCUCACGACCACAUUCUUCGGGUUGUGGAAUACACAGUAUCCAGGAAAAAUCCCCAUCAAGUUGAUGUGAGAACAGCCAGGGUGUUUCUGGAAGUUGCUGAGCUCCACCGAAAGCAUCUUGGGGGACAGCUGCUCUUUGGUCCCGAUGGCUUUUUGUACGUCAUCCUUGGGGAUGGUAUGAUCACGCUGGAUGACAUGGAAGAGAUGGAUGGGUUAAGUGACUUCACAGGCUCUGUGCUGAGGCUGGACGUGGACACGGACAUGUGCAAUGUGCCUUAUUCCAUACCGCGGAGUAACCCUCACUUCAACAGCACCAACCAGCCCCCAGAAGUAUUCGCCCACGGCCUCCAUGAUCCAGGCAGAUGUGCCGUGGAUCGACAUCCCACUGAUAUAAACAUCAAUUUAACAAUACUUUGCUCAGAUUCCAACGGGAAAAACAGGUCAUCAGCCAGAAUCCUACAGAUAAUAAAGGGAAGAGAUUAUGAAAGUGAGCCAUCUCUUCUUGAAUUCAAGCCAUUCAGUAACGGCCCUUUGGUUGGUGGAUUUGUUUACAGAGGCUGUCAAUCUGAAAGAUUGUACGGAAGCUAUGUGUUCGGAGAUCGCAAUGGGAAUUUCUUAACCCUCCAGCAAAGCCCAGUGACCAAGCAAUGGCAAGAAAAGCCGCUCUGUCUGGGUGCCAGCAGCUCCUGUCGAGGCUACUUUUCGGGUCACAUCUUGGGAUUUGGAGAAGAUGAAUUAGGAGAGGUUUACAUUCUAUCAAGCAGUAAGAGUAUGACCCAGACUCACAAUGGAAAACUCUACAAGAUCGUAGACCCCAAAAGACCUUUAAUGCCUGAGGAAUGCAGAGUCACAGUUCAACCUGCCCAGCCACUGACCUCGGAUUGCUCCCGGCUCUGUCGAAAUGGCUACUACACCCCCACUGGCAAGUGCUGCUGCAGUCCCGGCUGGGAGGGAGACUUCUGCAGAAUUGCCAAGUGUGAGCCAGCGUGCCGUCAUGGAGGUGUCUGUGUCAGACCGAACAAGUGCCUCUGUAAAAAGGGCUAUCUCGGUCCUCAAUGCGAACAAGUGGACAGGAACGUCCGCAGAGUGACCAGGGCAGGUAUCCUUGAUCAGAUCAUUGACAUGACGUCUUACUUGCUGGAUCUCACAAGUUACAUUGUAUAGUUUCUGGGACAGUUUGAGUAUAUCUUUCCAGUGGGCAUUUAUUUUGACCUUGUCAUUAAAAAGAGAGACUGUCCUUCUGCUACACACUCCUGUGAUUUCAUUUUCAUUUAGUAAUUUAAAAGCAAUUUUCAGAAAUGUACAGAUCUCAGCAUGUAUGUUGGCACAUUUCUUCACAUCUGCAUACACACGCACAACCCCAAACUCGAGGUUGUAUAACAGAAGGAUUUUUGUUUUGUUUUGUUUCUACUUGCUGGUAUGGAGUACUUUACACAGAAGUUCCACUGCAAAUUCGUCACAGAGUCUUUUAUGGCAUUGGAAGAUAUUCUUUUACAUUUCAGGAAAUUCUGUCUGUAAUUACUAAAGUUGACCUUAGUAGGGUUUUGAAAUGUUCUUGUGCAAUGUGGUGGAAGUAUUUUUAUAUUAAAGGUCUAUAAUAAGAGAGCAUGUUUCCCAACUCCUUGGUGAAUUUCUGAACAAGCAGCUUGAUGUAAGAUUGUAAUCUUCAUUUCUGUUGAUAUAUCUGAUUACAGAACGUUGUGCACUUAGCUUUUUAUUUGACAGAGCAAUCUGAUUACUUCAGCUUAGUCUCAAGAUGGUUUUCCAAUGUUUUAUGAUUAAAUCAGAACAACCUAUUUGAAAGAGCAGUCUUCAGGAAUGAGCUGCUUCUAUUGUAUAUUUUGUAUAACAAUAGGCUCUGGGUUUCUGUUACAUAUUUAUAUUUUUUAUUUUAUUUUUAUAAUAUAGACAUCACCUAGAUGAGACACCUUUACCCUGUCCUGUAAAAUACUAAAGUUACGUUUUCACCAACUCAAUUGGAAAGAAGGGGAGUAAGGAAGCAAACAGCCUUUAAUGUGCUGUGGAUCUAAUGUAGCAAUGUGUACUUGUGCCAACAUGUAGUCACUCCCAUCAGAUGAGAAAGCAAGAAAGCAACCAGUUUUUAUAAAAUUCCAGCAUUGCAUGCAUGUAAAGUGCUUUCACCAUAGCAAGAAUAUCAGAGUCUGUGAGAUUAAAAGGCUACAGUGUGUGCUCUUAAUCCAUCCUCCCUGGAGAAGAGCUUGCUCCUUCACAGCCAACCCAGGCUGUAUAUAAGCUGGUCACAUGUAUGGAUUCUUAUGAUCUUCAUUCUUGGCAAAUCUGACUUCUAGUGCAUACACUCCUUUAGGUCUCUGUGACAAUACCCUUUGGUUCUUGCCUCAAUAAAAUUUCUACAAGUGUUCUGUUCAUAUUUUCUUAGAGAAAUGAUGUGCCCUAGCUUUCAAUUGCAAGAGUCUGACAGACAUUUUUCUUAAUGGUUUUCCAUUUGCCAUCUCUCUAUGUUAGGAUUUAACAAAGAAUUUUUGUACUACUGACAUUGGACCAUGAUAAGUGCACACUCUCAACCAUAGCAUUCAUUCCUCUGGAAUCCAAGCUGUAGAAUCAUAAAAGUGUGCAGUGCACACACCUCUUCCUCCUCAGGAAUAUGGCUCAACAACAACAGUGGUCUCCCAGCUAGGAGCCCUCUAUGGUCUUAGAGUGAGAGAGUUGCAACUCAAGCACAGGGUGCAUUUCUAAGGAAUCCACACUGUAGAAUAUUUGUUGGGUCCACUGCUCCUGUCUUCCAUAUUUGAUUGCUUGGGUUCCAGUGACCUCAUAUGAAAUAGACGUGGGUUGGGAAAUCUUGGUACUUAGGGAACAAUUGCCUGCAUUAAAAGGUGCUUGCAUAAUUUUGCACAAUUUAGAUUCAAUUGACAGUCUAUUCAAAGAAGUCUUGGGACUAAAUGAGCAUGGAGACCAAAUUGCCCUCUUACCCUAGAAAAGAGGUGGUCCCUUCUGGUUUUACCAGCACUCCAUUGGCCCGACACUGUGACAAAUCUUGCAGUGAGUCAUGCAGUAGCCUUCAUCUGUAGGUUAAUAGUCUUUUGUCUCUGUUAUUUUCUCUUCCUAGUCUUUUAACCAAAUUCCAUUACAGAAAGUCUUACAAUUAAAAAUAAAUAAAUAAAAGGAAAAAUUACCCUGGCAACCAUUUUUGUGAGUGGGCCUUACUAUCAAACCAUCCCUUAUUCAGUGUGGGUGACAUUGACAGACUGUGAACUUCUCAUGAAGAAGCCAGCUGUCUAAAUUUGUCAAAUUGUACACUUUUAUUGCACGUACUCCCAUUCAUAGUUUGAGUAAAAACAAUAAGGAUGCCUCUAGAAAGUCAGCAAAAGUCUUAAAACCCAAGAGCUUCUUUUUAUAUCUUUAAAAGAGAAGAUGCUCCAUUGGCGGAUGCUCUUCUGCAAAUAACUUCGGCUAAGAUGACCAGAUCCAGAGCUGUUUUACAUAGACCUUUCCCGAGUGAAAAGUGACUUCAAGAAGCACCCGAAGUUACUGCCUUUUCUAUAAGGAACUAUUAAAAUGAAAGAACAAAUUAUCUUUAAAGACUGUGACCCAUGGAUAUGUAACCCAAGCAAAGAAAAUCACUAGAAUCCUUUCUUUCCAUCCUUAGGAGAAAAGUAGAUAGCUAUAACUGGUGGAUGAUGGUGUGACUAUGUGACCAAUUCCAAAUUUCUCUUUGACCUUGAAGUUGAUUUUUAAUUGAUCAUAAGCAGUUUGUGAGAGACAGAUGGGAAUUGUUUAAAAACCAUGAGCUGAGAAAAAGAACUAUUUAAUCAUUUAAAAGUACAAAUCUACCCAUCUAACAAAGCUGAUGUGAAUGACAAAGGAGAAAUAAGCCAUGUUUAGUAUGCCUGCCCACUCUAGACUUUCGGCUUUGGGUACCAGCUGAGUAGAAAACCACCUUUCUACCUGUCUUGGUGCAAAGUUCUGGCCUGUUUCAAAGCACAUAAAGCAAUGAUCCAAGAGCUAAAUUGGCGUCUCAUUAAGAUGUAAAAGAGAGAUAGUUAAGAAAUUCCAAUGAUAGCAAAGGUGCUUCAGGCCAUAUCUCUAUUAAAACACUAUUUAAGGUAUUGGAAAACACUUCCUAAGCUUCGCUCAGAAGUUUCUACCAGUUAACUGAUCAAUUUCAUAAUGGAUGGGCAAAGAAAAUCUAUACAUGUUUAUAAAACCCACCAAGAAAACUAUUUCUUUACCAUAUGCAUGGCUCUGAAUAGUCAUGACUUCCUUAGUUAUUGUUUUUGGGAAUUGUUAUAGAAUAACAUACUGUUAUUUAGUAUCUUUGUUUCUGGCUUGUUUUAUUACCUGAACCACAAAGUAUACAGCAAAUCUACUCAGGGUGAGAAAUGAGGUCAGACACUGAACCUGAGGUCUUUCAAAGUACAUGCUAAUCCAAGAUCUUAUGCGUUUCUCUGUUGUCUCUUGGCACGUGAAAGAAACCCAGUUUAAGUUUUUAAGGGGGAGGAAGUAUAUCAGCGAGGUUUGUGAAUGGUACAUCAGCUUACUGUCUGAGCAUCUGUCUAGAAUGUUACCUAAGGCUCCACACCCUACCCUUCUCUGUACCACCACUCCUAUCUCUCUACCUGUCUCUCUUUGAACCUCUUCCUCUUCCACUCUCCUGUGUUUUAUCUUGGCAGACACAUCAUGUCUGCCAAUCAUGAAGUUGUCCUAGAGCAGAUGCCAGGACAUUUUGUUGUUGGUUUUUUUGUUUGUUUGUUUGUUUUCUGUUCCAGAAUCACAUUGACUCAAAGUUAGUAUCACUAAGAAAAGUAGAGAAAUAGCUUUCUAGGCUAGAGUAACUCUUAAAGAAAUGACAAAAAGUAUACAUGUCUGCCAGCAUAGGUGCUUCAUUCUGGUCUUCCAGCAAAGUUACAGGAAAGAUUAGGACAGUUAGUUGCCCUAGUACAGAGCUUGACCUGACAGGAAGGAUGGCCCUAGCUAGUUCCUACCAAAGUGAUGACCAUCUCUAUGGAAUCUACUUUGAGGGAAACUAUUCUACAUCCAUGUGGAAGAAAAUUAGUCCCUUGGUAAUGGUGGCCUCAAACACGUUUUCCUUUAUUGAUUCCUUGCAUCAAUAAAAAGCCUUAUGCCUAAAACUUCUCAUUUGUUUUUGUCAGUCAACAACAAAAUUAAAAAGAAAAUCAACAUGGUAUCAAUUCAGCACUCAUCCUAAGGUAAUCAUUCAUGUACACCACAAAGUAAGAUAUCAUUGUUUAUUUCAGUUUUUCCUUUUUGAAUAUGUAUUAUUUAUAGAUUCAAAAUAGAUAUAUCCAUAUACUGACAAGUGAACAUCCCAUAUAUAUUGUCUGCUGGCUAUCAUUUUUUAAAUAAAAAGAACAUUUUAUCAUCUAAUAUAUGUAUAUAUAUCAUCUAUUAUAUACAUAUAGUAUAUACAUAUGUGUGCAUGUAUACAUGUUUAUAUGUAUAUAUGUGUGUAUAUAUGUGUGUGUAUGUAUAUAAUAUAUAAUAUAUACAUACAUACAUUAGGGAAAAUGAAAUAGGUAGUGAUGGGAAAUUGAUAGUGGCCAAAUAUAAGCUUUUUCUUUACAGUUAGAAGUUCAGUCUUGAACAUUUCUCUCUGUACUGAAAAAUAACUAGUCAGUAGUUUCCAUUCAUAUGAAUAAGGUAUGAUUAGACUUGGUAUGGUCUGUGCCAGAACAAACAUCGGAUAUUUUUUUACUCCAUAAUCUUAAAAUCUGAGGCAUGACUUUCCUGGAAUGAACUAAGAAUCCAUGUUCAUAGGGUUCAUUUCAUAAUAUUAUUUGUGAUAAACUAAACUGACAGCUUUAUGAGAGAUCAUAUAUCCCCAUAUCUUAUUCUAGUCAGAGGAUGUGUGUGAACAUGAGUGGCACUAAGAACCAUGAAGUACUACGGUGGGUAAUACUGAAGUAAUGUGGAAUUUUAGAAACAAGAUGCCCUAAGACAUGCUACAACAGACUACUAUUUGAAACGAAUCUAUCAAAUUGCAAUGAAUAUUUUAUAGAAUUAUGACCAUGAGCAUGAAAGACUUCUAGUAGGAAAAGCUUGUGUCUUCUUGGAUUUAUCUGUGAUUGGUUUGUUGGUGAUUGGUGUUGAGUUUUGUGUUUUGCUCUUCUCAGACAUUUCAGUGUUCCAAAUUGUUCAUUUCCUUCAAGCUGUUGAAAUUUAAAGCAGUCUGUUCAUAGUCUUAUAAGAUUACGAGAAUCUUAUAAGAUUCAGAAACAAUCCAUCCUCAGGUUCCUGUUAAUACACUAAUAAGAGGCAGAAGGAAGAGCCCAGAUGCACAUUUAAAGGAUCAGAAUUAGCAUAGACACUGUUACAAUUUCUAGACUGUCCCCAGAAAUUAAUAUGUGUAGGUACUGGCUCAUAGGACCUUCUUGAGUUUGCACUAAUCUGGCUCACUAAAUCAGUUUGUAAAGACAUGCAGUUUUCCUUGAUUGGUCCUCUACUAUUCAGCCCCCCAUGUAUUCAUUAACGCAAUAUAAAUGCUGAAGUGCCUCGCAUGACUUCACACUGUAGAGAGGGGAAGGCACCUGCAAGGGCAGCACCGGAAGCUCACUGGGAUGAUUGACACGUUGGAGGCAAAAGAGCACAUGCAACCGGCUCCAGCUUGGCUCAGCUUUAGAUCCAGGAGUUUACAAGUAGUACAGAUGGCCUCAAGUACAUCUGUGUGUAUUUGUACAUGUGCACACACCCAUGUAUAUAUAUUUAUCUAUCUGUACAAACACUACAUAUGUAUACACACUAUCUAUGUAAUAUAUAAUAUAUGUAUAAUGCAUAUAAAUUCUAACAAGUGUAUUUGUGUUAUCUUUAAAAUAGAACAAUUAUAUCUUGAGAUGGUAAAUGCAGAGAAUUGGCUUUAUUGUUGAUCUGUGGAUUUAAUGAAUUUUUUAGGUGAAAGGAUGUUUUAAGUGUAUAAUUUCUUUUCUUAAUUUAAUAUAUUUAUGUAAAUGCAUGCCCGAAAUUUGAUUAGAUUGGCUGUUUUUUUGUGUGUGUCUUAACAUGAUCAAAUGUAUUAAACUUUAUCUUAUGACUUCA